ACAGGCAGUCUUCGUUUAUGCAUGUCUAGUGUGUUUUAGGUUUUAGGGAACUAACUAGGAACACAUUUAAUUUAUCUUAACGUCCAAUUCCAUAAUUUAUCUAACGUUAAAUCCUACAGACAACGAGAGAGUCUAGGCUACUGUCGCGAUGACUCAAGCGCAUACGUACAGUCCGAAUGUUAGAGUAGGGAACUGGAUCGAGGACCUCGUUUUGAAGGAGGAUAUGCUGAAGGACUUCUUGGAGCAGAAGGAGAAAGGACAACUCACCCUGCAGAAGAUCGGCACACUGAGGGACAACAUCAUGAAGAAUGUAGAGUUGUCUGUUGCGCAGGGCAAUGUGCGUUUUGGAGACACUGUGAUGCUGGUCAACGCUGGAAGGAUGGGGCCUGACCCCCGUGACCCCUGUGCCCUUAGCAUCAUCACUGACAUCGGCAACAUCAAGGCACGCCCCCAGCAAGCAGACAACCAAUCGCUGCAGGCUCCCUGUUCCGUGAGUGGAGCCAAGGGCUUGCAGCCUUGUGUUCGCAAUGCAUUCAUCAUUGACAGUGUGGACGGGAUCCCAAAGGGUGAAACACUGCAUUAUGACCAGAGCUUCUGUUUGAGGACCACUCCAGGCUACGCUGGAGGGCUGUACCUGGCCAGUGAUGUGAAGAGUUUCCAGAAGUGUGCACAAAAGUCCCGCCUACAGGAAGUGAAUUUGGUGGAGGAGCUGAGCUUCCUGUGCCACUGGAAGCUUAAGUACUUAGACCCCCAGGAGCGGCUGGAACAGGAAGGAUUCCCAGUGUCUGCAAACUCAAAGGUGCUUAUCUCCCACUGCAAGACCAACCAGUGUCUGGCCCUCAUGGACAAGCACAUCCUGUGGACUCCAUAUGGUAAAGAGUACGAGAUUACCGCUCACACCCUACUAGACUCCCAUAAGUUUGAGCAAGAUGGUAACCACUGGAUCUUCACGACCUCUGACCCUGGCAACCAGGGACACACCCUCUUCCAAACACAGCAGGCCAAUCAGAGGACAGUGGAGACCAGAUCAGAUCCACAGCCUCUGUCUGACUCAACACCUGAACACUAAUAUCAAGACACACACUCUCUAUCUGUCCAUCUCUACCACAGAAAUAACAUUGCCUCAGAAAAUAAAGAAGAAAUACUAAUUAUGGUCACUAAGAAAUUGAUUUUUAGUUGUUUUUGUAGUAAUAGUGUUCAAUAAACACAGACUGCCAGAUG